AUGAGUUUAGAGUCAUUUUGGAAACGUGCCGGGAAGUCACAAAAGUCUUCAACUUGUUCUUCACUUAGUUCAAGGGAUCCUCCAAUAGAAGAACAUGUGUCUCCUAAUGAUGAUGAGGUUCCUAUUGCUGCAACAAUUCCACCACCUGAGAACACAGGUCCAAGUGUUCCAAAUACUACUGUUGACUCCGAUGAUACUCGCAUUUAUGAUGUUGAUCUUCUUCCACAUGACCCUGGAAAAAGAAUUCCAAUUAUGGAGUAUCCUCCUAAUGAUCGAGAUGCCGUAAGGAGAGGCUAUAUUACAAAGAAACGUUGUGAUCCACGCACACAUAAUUUUCCUCAAAGAAAAGUUGGAGGUAUGCGCCGUUUUAAUGUUACUUGGUUUGAUAAAUAUGAGUGGCUUGAAUAUAGUGUUGAGAAAGAUACGGCUUUUUGUUUUGUGUGCUAUUUGUUCACUGAUAAAGUUGAUUAUUCUUUGGCUGUUAAUGAUUCCUUUAUUAAAGGGGGAUUUAGAGGAUGGAAUAAGACUGGUAGAUUCGAUGUUCAUGUGGGUGGUAUUGGUAGUUUCCAUAAUCAGGCUAAUGAGAAAUAUAGUAUGUUUAUCAACCCAAAGACAUCAGUUGCUGAAUCUCUUUGCACUUAUUCUAAGGAAGCUAAACUACAAUACAAAUCUCGCUUGACUUAUUCAUUGAAAUGUAUUAGAUUUCUUUUAAAUCAAGGUUUAGCUUGUCGUGGGCAUAAUGAAAGUGAAGAAUCUUGGAAUAGGGGUAAUUUUCUUGCACUCUUAACAUGGUUUUCAGAAAAUAAUAGUGAGGUAGCAAAGGUUGUUCUAGGUAAUGCCCCGGGAAAUAAUCGAAUGACUAGUCCUUCAAUUCAAAAAGAACUUAUUAAUUGUUGUGCCAAAGAAACCACUAGACUUCUUAUUGAUGAUAUUGGGGAUGACUAUUUUGGAAUAAUGGCUGAUGAAUCAAGUGAUGUAUCUCAAAAGGAACAAAUGGCCCUUUGCUUGCGUUAUGUCAAUAAUAAAGGGAAGAUAAAUGAGAGGUUUCUUGGAAUUGUACAUGUUAAGGAUACUACUGCUUUGUCACUAAAGUUGUGCAAUUGA